CUCUGUGCGUAGAAGGAGACAGCCGGAGAGGGAUGCGUGUGUGUGUGCGCAUGUGUGUGUGAGCGAUACAGAGACAGAAAGCAACAGAGGACACAGCAGUGUCCAUCAGGGCUUGAAAAGAGAGAGACAGACACACAGACAGACAGACAGACAGACAACACUGACAAAAAAAACAAAACAGUUGUUUUUCUUAUUAUCUUGUUUGGACGUCAAUUGUACAAAGAGCCCAUCCACUUUGGCUCUCCCUCUGAGCGGACUUAACGAGACCCGGGCAACAGCCUCCCUGGAGCCGUGCGUGCGUGGGCGAGUGGAGACGAGGAGGGCAGAGGGCAUUUAGAGUGCCAGGGAUGACAGGAGGGCAUCAGGAGACCCGGCAGGCAGGAGCCCGUCACAUAUGAGAGGCCUUCGGAGGUGAUUGCCCGCUCCGCCACUGAGACUACCCCGAGAGCUCCGAGACGCAGCGGUCAGAGAGGCCAAAGGUUUUCUGCUGAGCCAAUCCGAGACGACGCCAAGACUGGCGGGAGCCAAUCCCACGAGAGCGAUGUCGAAGCAAGGCGAGGGGGCGGGUCUGGCAACAUGGCCACUCCUCUUGCUCUUCCUGAGGGCCGUGUCGUCCAUCGAAGUCCCGAACGACCCAAAGAUCACGAAAGACAUGAAGCAGCCUCCCACCAUUGUGAAAGAGUCUCCAAAGGACUACAUUGUAGACCCUCGAGAUAACAUCAUCAUUGAAUGUGAGGCCAAGGGGACCCCGACACCAACGAUUAUGUGGCAGAGGAACAUGCGCUUCUUCAACGUGGGCAAGAUCCCGCACGUGACGCAGCGCAAGCCCUCGGGGACCCUGGAGAUCUCCUUCCGCAACGGCGGCCGGCCCGAGGACUACGAGGGCGAGUACCAGUGCUUCGCCACCAACGACUUCGGCACCGCCAUCUCCAACAAGAUCCUGCUGCGAGUCUCCAAGUCUCCGCUGUGGCCGAAGGAGGUGCUGGAGCCCAUCGUGGUGACGGAGGGCAGCUCCCUGGUGCUGCCCUGCAACCCUCCGCCUGGCCUGCCCCCGCCCAUGACCUUCUGGAUGAGCAGCUACAUGAUGCCCAUCCGGCAGGACGCCCGCGUGUCCAUGGGGCUCAACGGGGACCUGUACUUCUCCAGCGUCCUGUCCAAGGACACCAGCACCGACUACAGCUGCAACGCCCGCUUCCUCUUCACCCACACCAUCCAGCAGAAGAACCCCUACACCCUCAAAGUGCACGCCAGACAACCUGACAAUAAUUCUUCCUCUUUCAACUUGACUGACGCGCGUCACCUGCUCGAGACAUCGCCCAGCUUCCUGACGCCCACCGGGUUGUCCAGCUCCAAGAUGGUGCUCCGUGGGCAGAAGCUGCUGCUGGAGUGUAUCGCGGCCGGAGUGCCCACUCCCAGUAUCAAGUGGUUCAAGAAGGGUGGCGACCUGCCCAUGAAGAGGAUCAGGCUGGAUAGUUUCAACAAGACGCUGCGCAUCGUCAACGUGUCAGAGGAGGACACAGGCGACUACGUCUGCAUGGCCAACAACAAGAUCGGCAGCAUCCAGCACACCAUAAACGUGCAGGUCAAAGCUGCACCGUACUGGCUGGACAAGCCACAGAACCUCGUCCUCGCUCCGGACGAGCAGGGACGCAUGACUUGCAUCGCCCACGGCAACCCAAAGCCCACCAUCCAGUGGCUGGUGAACGGGGAGCCUAUAGAGACUUCUCUGGCAAACCCGAGUCGAGAGGUGGAGGGCGACACCAUCAUAUUCCGGCGGGUGUUGAUGGGAAGCAGCGCCGUGUACCAGUGCAACGCCUCCAACGAGCACGGCUACCUGCUAGCCAACGCCUUGUUCAACGUCCUGGACAUGGCGCCGCGGAUGCUCGGACCCAAGAACCAGCUGAUCAAAGUCACCAAAAACCAACAGACCCUCAUGGACUGCCCUUUCUUUGGCUCCCCGCUGCCGACUGUACGCUGGUUCAAGAAUGGUCUGGGCAGUGGGCUCGACGGCGGAUACUACCGGGUCCACGCCAACGGCUCUCUGGAGAUCAGGCGGACACUAGGGGAGGACCAGGGCACCUACACCUGCGUGGCCAGCAGUAUCCUGGGCAAGGCUGAGAACCAGGUCCGCCUGGAGGUCAAAGAGCCCACGCGCAUAGUGAGAGCCCCUGAACACGUGUCCGCUGGUCGGGGAACCUCGGUUCGCUUCAACUGCCGCAUCAGUCACGACCCCACCCUUACCAUUCAUGUCAAUUGGUUGAAGAAUGACCUGCCAUUCAACUACGGGUGGAGAAUCACGAAGGACGACGAGUCUCUGACCAUAACCAACAUCAACGAGGGAGACCAGGGCACCUACACCUGUCUGGUCAAAACUGAGAUAGACGAGGACGCUGCCACGGCACGCCUUACAGUUCUUGAGGAGGAAUCCUUGUCUCCCUCCAAUCGUAGUCCCCUGCUAGCAGACCGCCCAGAGGCUCCCAAAGACCUGGAGCUUUCGGACCCGCUUGCCCGCAGCAUCCGGCUCACAUGGGUACCUGGAGAUAGCAACAAUAGCCCCAUCACAGAGUUCCUGGUUCAGUUUGAGGAGAACCGCUGGGAGCCGAGCAAGUGGCAGAACCUGUCCAGUCACGCGGGCAACGUGAACUCGGUGCUGCUGGAGCUGUCCCCGUUUGUCAACUACCAGUUCCGGGUGAUCGCCAUCAACAGCGUGGGCCAGAGCCAGCCCAGCAGGCCCUCUGUGCGCUACCAGACCAGCGGAGCACCUCCAGAUGUUGCUCCUGACGAUAUCAAAGGCAUGGGCUCCAAGAAGAGCAACAUGGAGAUCACCUGGAAGCCCCUCACUGACAUGGAGAGGAAUGCCCCCAACAUUUUGUAUGAGGUUUCAUGGAAGAAGAAGGACACUGAAGAGUGGAACACCUUCAACACCACCCAAGCCAAAUAUGUGGUCCACGACACGGAGACCUACGAGCCUUUCCACAUCAAGGUCCAGGCCAUCAACGACUUCGGCCGAGGCCCAGAAUCUGGCCUGAUACUGGGCUACUCUGGCGAGGACAAGCCUUCUGCAGCCCCAGCGCACCUGAACGUGUCAAAGAUUGACAGCACCACAGUCAACCUGCACUGGGACCCUGUAGACCCGAGCAGCGUCCAUGGGGAGUUCAAGGAAUACAGGUUAUACUACUGGAGGGAGAGCAGCCUGGUGAAGGGCCUGAAGGUCAAUAAGCAGGUGAACAGCAAGGGCUUCUUCAGCUCGUCCGGCACGGGCAUCCUCACCGAACUGGUGCCCUUCAGCCUGUACAAGAUGUACAUGGUGGUGGCCAACAGCCGCUAUGAGGGCCCGCACAGCAACACGGUGGAGUUCAAGACCAAACAAGGAAUUCCAGAUGCUCCCAGGUACUUCAGGAUCGCCAAGAGGAGCUCCGACACCAUUCAACUGCAGUGGGACUCACCACUGGAGCCCAAUGGCAACCUGAGCGGGUACACGUUGAAGUUCUUUAUCGUGAAUGGGACGGAGGUGGGCAAAGAGCAGCUCAAGAGCUUCCAGCCCAACGUGACGUCGUACACCAUGCGCGUCCCUGACCGCCACACGCGCUACAAGUUCUUCCUGGCGGCCUUCACGCCGGCGGGGUCAGGGGAGGUCAGCUCCAGAGAGUCACCAAACUUCUCCAACGAAGAAGCAUUUACCAGCUCAGUUGAGUUCACAGAUGACGUGGUGGCUACAACUGUUCCCGUACCACUUCCCACUACUGUCCCAACGACAACUACAACCAUUAGUACCUCAACAACCACUACAAUUAGUACCUCAACAACUACUGCCAUUAGCACCUCAACAACCGUUAGCACCUCGACAACACCCCACAGUCGCAUGGUCCCAAACGCACCGGCCACCCCUCUGGAGAUCUGGAAUCUGACGGUGGAGCCUAACAGUAACUAUGCUAACGUCAGCUGGGAUCACAACUUCCCUCCCGACACCAGCAAGUUUGUGCUAGAGUACACCCUGCAAAGUAACAAGACAACGAAGAAAGUGACCGUUACGAGCAAGCAUAUUAGGUUGGCGGGGCUGGUGGAGGCCGCCAAAUAUCAGCUAAGGGUGCACUCACUCGAGCGAAACCACAUCACCAGCCCGUACGUCACCUUCGAGACCCUAGCGAUCACAACGGACAGCGUGGACAUCGCCACACAGGGCUGGUUUAUCGGCCUGAUGUGUGCCAUCGCCCUCAUCGUCCUCAUCCUUCUCAUCGUUUGCUUCAUCAAGAGGAGUCGAGGAGGGAAGUAUCCAGUGAGGGAUAAAAAAGACCUCCCUCUAGAUCCCGUCGACGGGAAGGACCCGGACGGAUCCUUUGACUACCACAGCGACGAGGACAACAAGCCGCUGCAGGGCAGCCAGACGUCGCUGGACGGGCAGGUGAAGGAGAGCGACGACAGCUUGGUGGACUACGGCGAGGGCGGCGACGGCCAGUUCAACGAGGACGGCUCCUUCAUCGGCCAGUACACCGUCAAGAAGGACAAGGAGGAGACGGAGGGCAACGAGAGCUCGGAGGCCACCUCCCCCGUCAACGCUAUCUACUCCCUGGCAUAGCGCCCGACCCCUCUGCCCCCCCUCCCCUGCCUGCUCAGGGCGACUCCUAGUGGACACAGGGUGCUAUCACAUGCAAAACACGUAAAAUAGAGAGAAAUAUAAAUUCAGUCACA